CCUAUGCCAGCAGCUGACAGCCACAAGAUGGUGCCCACUUAGUAGCCUGCGCUCUAAUAAUGACGUCAUCCAGACGUGCCAUCUCUGAGCUGACAGCAGCAGUGCUGUGUAAGCUGCUCAUUGUGCUGUUGGUGAUUUCGUACGGAGGGUGGAGAACGACCAGUGUAUAGUGCAUGGCAUGGAGGCUCCUGGCAACCCCGGAGAGUCGGUGACCGACGUGGCAAUGACUGCGUCUCAGAGGAGAUCAGAGAUCCGGCGCAGGAAACUGAUGACUAACUCUGAGGAGAGGAUGAAUAAGAUAAUGGGCAUCCAAAAGCCCAGCAGCAGCGUUGACAAACUCAGAAUUGAACGAAUUGAUAAACUCGACUCUCUACUUUUGCCAUCUUCAUCUAAGAGAGCAACCAUUCUUACUGGAGAAUCGCUGACAGCAGGUGAUCAUCCUUGUGGCAGUGCAGAUGGCAUGGAGACAUAUACUGGAGAAAGUACAGAUUUCGCCAACAGUGCUGAUACCAGGAAAGACGGCAACGGACUCCAAAACAGAACAGAUGGGACUUCAGAGCUUUCACCGCAAGGCCUGAACCAAUACUUAACCAGAUUUGAUGAGGCCAUGAAACUUAGGAACCAGCUCAAUGGCGAGAAGCCAGUUGCUGAUAAUGGCAAUGGAGUGGAAGAGUUGGACUCUUUCCGAAUUUUUAGGCUUGUGGGAAGUGCACUUCUUGCUAUGGCAGUUAGAAUGUUUGUGUGCAAGACCCUGUCAAUAUUUGCUCCAUUUCUCACGUUGCAACUUGCAUUCAUGGGAUUGUCCAAGUAUUUUCCAAAGGGGACACUGGAGAGCAUUUGCAGUGGGAAUAUGGGGGAGAAAAAAAUGAAGACGACUGUCCUUACUGCAGCACUUCUUUUGUCUGGAAUCCCCUCUGAGGUGAUAAGUCGCUCACUGGAUACAUACAGCAAGAUGGCGGAUGUUUUUACUGACCUCUGCGUUUAUUUUUUCACCUUUAUCUUUAGUCAUGAAGUUCUUUUAUUCUUUGGUACAGAAGAACCAUGAUUGUUCUGUGUUUUCAUAGAAAGAGAAGACUGUUAUUUUCUCCAGACUUGCUAACCUCUAGUUAAGGUCUAUGAGAAUUUGACCAUCAGUGACAUAACUGUUCUACAUUACAACCUGAGGAAAAAGGCUGUCAUCCAAAACAUCUAAUUAAUUUACUAAUCUUGUUACACUCAAAUUGCAAAUGUCUUACUGUUUGUUUUUCUGUUAUUUUAAAUAAUCAUUUGUACCCCAACCAAUAUUAGUGUAUCAAAGUUGGUUGUCUGUUCUAAUGCAAUUCCAUAUCAAAAAUGAACUAUGGUCGCAUGAAUGCAACUAAAUACAGAUCAUCUAUGCUA